UUAAAAUAAUAUUCUGAAGGCGUGUUUGUAGUUGUUAAGAUUAAGUGACUAUGCGAUUAAAAUAUUCUAAAACUCUUUUGGAAGCUCAGGAGACCGACAGCCCUGUAGCAGAUGUCAGCUGGUCUCCGAACAAUGUGAAGUUAGCAGUAGCGACGGCAGACCGCAUAGUGCUCUUGUUCGACCGGGACGGAGUGCGCCGCGACAAAUUCAGCACUAAGCCCUCCGACGCGGCCGCUGGAAAAAAAUCUUAUGUUAUUACAGGUUUGGCCUUCAGCGAGAAUUCCGAGCUGCUUGGAGUAGCGCAAAGCGAUAACAUGGUGUUUGUAUAUCGAGUCGGGGCGGACUGGAGCGGCAAGAAGGUGAUAUGCAACAAGUUCCCGCUCACCGGCGCGCCUUUGCAGCUGCUGCCCGCUGAACAUGGUUUCUUUACUGGAACCAGUGAUGGAAAGAUUCGUUCACUAGACUGCAAAACCAACAAGAGUUCCAGCUUGUGGUCGGCCGGUGCGUGCUGCGUAGCUUUGGCCAAAGGCAGCGGCACUGAGGCGACAUUAGCGUCAGGCCACGUGGACGGGACACUUUACCUCAACGGUAGAUUGUUGCUGCGCUACGCUCUACCCCCUACCGCCCUUGUGCUGAUGGCACCUUACUUGAUAGUGGGGUCGUGCGACGGGCGCAUAGCGAUGUACGAGGCGCAGCGCGGCGCUCUCGUGCGCAACUUGGAGCCCAGCCUGCCGCCGGACAGGCGAGACCUCAUCUCGGCCGCUCUGAGCCCUUCUGGCCAGACUCUCGCCUUCGGCAUAUUCGACGGGUGUCUGAUAGGGGAAGUGAAGGAGUCGGGCGCCAUAGAGCUGUCCACGCUGAGCAUAGCCAACUUGUACGCGUGCCGCGCGCUCGCGUGGAGCGGCGACGGCACUCGGCUGGCCGUGGCCUCGCAGACUGGAGCUGUCUUGCAGUUCGAAGCUGUUCUGAGACGCUGGGUGUGGCGUGACGUGGUGGAGGUGCAGCACGUGAGCGCGCGGCAGCUGCUGCUGUCGCGCUUGGCCGGCGACUCGCCGCCGCUCACCGUUACCACCAAGCUUGCGCCCGACAUCUUUCACGUUCGAUUUAUUGGAAAUGACUGGUAUGCAGUAUGUCGUACCAGUAAUAGCCUGAUUCUUUGCGACAUUGCUCGUGGUUUGACAAGCGAGAUCCCUUGGAGUGGUUCCGGUGAAAGGAUCUACGCAGCAGUAGGCGGUGCCUGCCUCUUGCAUCGAGCGGGGGAACUGAGCGUCGUCGAGUAUGGUCUAGACAGAGUGCUACAUACGGUGCGCACGGAACGCGUGAACCCGCACGUCUUGAGCGUACGUAUUAACGAGGGUCAAAAGGUUGAGGGUCACGAUCGCAAACACCUCGCGUAUCUGCUAGACCAACAGACCAUAGCUGUGGUCGAUCUGGUUACCGGUAUCCAGUUAGGACAGUGGUGGCAUGAGGCUCGUGUGGAUUGGCUUGAGCUGAAUGAGAGUGGUCAUUUGCUUCUUUUGAGGGACACGCGGCGACGUCUUGCUUUACUUCGUCUGGAUGUGGGAGAAAAGGAAAUAGUGGCAAGUGGGGUAACCUUUGUACAAUGGAUAGAAAAUAGCGAUGCCGUUGUUGCUCAGACACCGACUCACUUACUGAUUUGGUAUAGCGCGUGGGAGCCGCAGUGUGUGGAGAUGGCGGAGUGCGGCGGCGGAGCGGCCGUGCAGGUGUCUGCGCGGAAGGUGCUGCUGGAGGGGGGGCAGCUGCCGUACGUGCAGCUGGAUGAGCACCGACUGGCGUUUAAUUCAGCUCUGCGAAGUGGAGAUCUGGAUGGGUGUGCGCGUUACCUGGACACGGCGGCCGGUAGUGACGUGGCGCCGCUGUGGCGGCAGCUGGCUGAGCAAGCGCUUGCUAAUGAAGACAUACAAUUGGCAGCUAAAUGCUACGGUGAAGUGGGUGACGAAGCGCGGACGUUCUAUUUGCUAAAAACCGUGGAGUUAGCUACUUCUGAAGGAAAUGGAGACGUAACAGAAGGUUUCAAUAGUCCAAUAGUCCGUGCAAGACUGGCUAUAUUCGCUGGUGAUUUAUCGACCGCAGAAGAAUUUUAUGUCCGUAAGGCAGGACAGCCGGAAUCAGCUGUGAACAUGUACAAGCAAUUUAAUCGUUGGACCGAGGCUAUUACGCUUGCUGAGAAAACUGAUCGUGCUACAGCUAUUACUUUGAAGCAGCAGUAUAUGGACUAUUUGACUUCUACUGGUCGUUUAGGCGAAGCCGGUGCAGUACUGGCAGCGAACGGUGACGUGCGGGGUGCGGUGCGGCUGUGGCUGCGCGGAGGUCGCGCGCGGCGUGCGGCCUCUGUGCUGUUGCACCACCCGGCCCUGCUGCGCGACGACGAGAUGCUAACCGCGGUGCACGAUCAGCUCGUACAGGAGGAAUGGUGGGAAAUGGCCGGAGAAAUUUCAGAGCGCAAAGGGGAUAGCAGGACUGCAGUGGAAUAUUAUGCCAAAGGAAAUAAUUACGCCAGAGCGGUUCAACUUGCCAGAGAGGCAUGUCCGGCUGAAGUGACACGGUUGGAAGGCGAAUGGGGCGCUUGGCUAGUGUCGUGCCGGCAAGCUGGAGCUGCCGUUCCUCAUCUCAUUGAAGCUGGACGAACGGUUGACGCGCUCAUUGCUGCUCUCAAGGCACAUCACUAUCGGAAGGCGUUGCAGAUUGUGCAGGUGAUUGAUGACAAGGAUGCUAUCAGAGAACAAUGCGAGCAGUUGGGAGACCAUUUUAUAUCAACCCAGGAAUGGGAAACGGCCGAACGAGUGCUAACGUCAUGCGGUAUGGCAGAGAGAUGCGUACGCGCAUACAAUUCUGCUGGAAAAGUCGCUGAGGGACUGCGCUUAGCUGCUGCGCAUUUGACUGAAGAAGAGACGAGAGAUAUCUACUUACCAUUGGCUCAGCAGUUGCGACAAGAGGGACAGUUGCGGAAGGCUGAACAGAUUUAUAUCGGUCUCGGUGAUCCAGAUGAAGCGAUAUCUAUGUACAAGGAUGCUGCCCAGUAUGAAGCGAUGUUGCGGCUGGUGGCGGCUCAUCGCAGUCCUUUGCUCGAAGCGACGAGACGACAUGUGGCUCAAGCUUUACACGCGUCUGGAGACUUACGGGCCGCUGAGAACUAUUAUAUACAAGCUGGUGAUUGGAAGAGCGCUAUCCAAAUGUACCGUACAAGCGGUCAAUGGGAGGGUGCAGAGAGGGUUGCAAGAGCGCACGCCCCUGCGGCGGUGCAGCAGCAGGUCGCUUUGCAGUGGGCGGCCGCUCUGCCCGCCGCGCCAGCCGCUAGGCUGCUCGCUGCAAGAGGACUGGCGGCGUUGGGUGCUAGAUGGGCUUUACAGGCACAGAGAUGGGAUAUCGCAAUGGAAUUAAGCGAGUUAGGUGGCGGUAUAACAAAGAGGGAAGUAGCGAGGCACGAAGCGGCUGCAUUAGCAGAGGAACGACCUGAGGAAGCCGAGGCGGCGUUCUUGAGGGCUUCCGCCGCAGAAGAUGCCAUACGAAUGUGGCUGUCCAAGGGUCACCAUCAGAGGGCAUUGGUUUUAGCUGAACAACAUGCAUCGCAUAUGGUGGAAGAAGUAUUGGUAGAAGGCGGUCACGCAGCCGCUGAAAGGGGUGAUCUAGUACAGUUCGAAGCGCUUAUGAUCCGUGCAAAUAGACCUCGAGAGGUAGUCCAGCAUUACAAAGAUCUCGAACUGUGGGAAGAAGCGGCUAGGGUGUCGCGCGAAUACCUACCGGACAGUGCGGAGCCGGUGCCGCCCGCCGUGCCGCCGCUGCUGCAGCGAGCAGCUGAUCACGCGGACAGGGGCGAGUGGUGGGAAGCAGUCCAAUUGCUGCUGAGCGCGAGCGCCGCGGGAGCGUCGGGUGGCGCCAACAGACUGGCCGAACGAGCUGCGCUAAGAGCCGCGCGCCUGGCCAGGGACCGACUGCGCGGCCCACAGCGGCGGACUGCUGCCAAUAUGCUGGCUGACACGUUUGCUUCGAUCGGACAGAGUGAAGUUGGCGAGCAGCUUAAAGCUGCCCUCAUAGAUGGCAUUGAGGAUGACGCUGUGGCAGGCACAUCAGCAGAUUACGAAGAAGAAGAAGAAACAAAGCCUCAGGUUGAGGACUCUGACUCUGACUCGGCCGCGUUGGAGAAGCUAGCGCGCGCUGGCCACUGGCAGAGAUGCCUCGCGCACGCGGGGGCAAAAGCUCCUCAUUAUGCUCUGAGAUAUGUUGCUCAUUUGUUUAAGACACAUUCACGUUUGGAAGGUGUAGACAUAGAAAGCGAGGAUGUGCCAGAAGUUCUGUCUCAAGCUUUAGAUACAUUGCGCCAGUAUCUCAGCGAGGACAGUGAUGGUACUAUAUCCAGCAGUGACACGCCACUAGCAAAGGCUAUUUGCAGCGAAAUCCUGGUGCGAAUAUCUACAGCACCUAAAGCGCUGGCAGCGAUGAAAGAUGCUGGCGUUGUGAUGAUUGCUGCUGGUGCGGACGAAAGAAUUUUGCAGGCUCUCACGUUAUUGAUGGGUCUCCACGUACCACAGAUCGCCUCGAAGGUAGCUCGGGCCUUGCCUCGGUACACAGAUAUUAUUGUUGCGGACGUUGCGUUUUACGCCUGCGGCGAGGCCAUCCGUGCUGAAGGCUCCGGUGGAGCGCGUGAGGCAUUCGUCAUGCUCAACCACUGCCUCGAUCUUGCUGAGGCGGCAGACGAGGACUCUGCUCACCUCCUCGAUUAUACGGACUUUGAAUGCACGGACUGGCCGCGAUCACCUUUGGUGUUAGAAAGCGCGUGCGUUCGCGGGGCACCGUUAGAUGCUCUGAGAGACUGGGUCCUUACUGUCUCUAUGGAUCAGCAAGUGGAACAGACGCUUCCAGUGGAUAGUCGGGACAAGUACAGCUCCUUCGUGGGAGAGGACGAACCAUACUGUGUUCUCACUGGUUACCCGCUGGCAUCUCGUCUAGUCACAUUUACUAAUGGUCGUUGCGCAAACCGUGAGUGGUGGUCUCGCGUGUCGCACGCGGCGCGCGGCGGCACCGCGCCGGCCGCGGCCGUCUUGCAACACAUCACCAAGUGGUGCGGACCCGCCGAUUACUCGCAUCUUUAGAUUUACCUACUUUUAAGAUUCUAAUAAAGUUUAUCA